AUGGGCAUUGACCGAACUGGAAUCUCGAUCAUUCUGGCCGCCGUGAGCUUGCAACAUCCCGGUCAACGAGGUGUGCUGAUAUGUGAACUGGGCAAUCAGCGAGUGACAAAGUCCACCCUAAGUGUCUUACUGGAACAUGGGUACGAGCCCGACGUGCAUGAUCUCUGGAGCGUCUUGCAGGGAAUGGUCGUAACCCCAUCGCCAGCGCUUGCAAGUGGGAAGAAGGUCUUCGAGGCACUGGGCAUCAGGCAUGUGAGCUUGGACAUCAAUGGAAGAGAUGGCGCAGUGCUGUUGGAUCUGUCACGACCGUUGAACUCCUCCCUCCAUUAUCUGCUUGGGAAGUGCGACGUAGUCACGAAUUUCGGUACCACAGAGCACAUCGGUGAAAGCGAGUACAUCGAUGAGCCGGAAGGGUAUGAAAGGCUGGAUAUUUGGCAUGCACAAUACAAUGCUUUUCGAAACAUACAUGGCCUUGCACGAAGUGAUGGUGGAAUGAUCAUCAAUAUGGUUCCAGCUGCAGGAUGCUGGCCGCGGCAUGGUGCCGUGGAGUAUGAACCUCGAUUUUUUCAUACUUUAGCAGGGGCAGCCGGAUAUGAGAUCAGGAACCUUUCUCUUCACAGGCCCGACCAUGAUUGGUCUGCUGAAGAAGCACAUCUCUUCUGGAGGCUGCUCAGGGAAGCCCUGCGACGGCAGUCUUAUAGUCUGCCGGAUGACAUGAAUGCAGACAAAAUUCCAGCGCUGCAGAACUACGCCAAGGAAGAGCAGGCCAAUGUAUUGUCCGUGUUCGUGCGCAGGGGCUUGCAUGCAUUCCCAGAUCAACAAGCAUUCCUUCAAUCACCUGGUCUCCAUCUGAAACGAAAAGCUCAGGAAGCUGCAGAUGCCGAGAAGCACGAGUUCUGUUUGGACUCGCCCAGGAUGCGUGCUCCACACUGUUUCUGGGAGAUGGCUUUUUGCUUUCCGACAGUGCCGCAUCUCAAGUGCAGGAUGGCCUUCGAGCUUGAGUAUCGCUAUACUUUCCUAAACGUGAAGGAGGAAGUCGAGGAGCCUCCUGGCAGAGCGCGAGCUCGCAGCUCUCCACCCGGCAGAACGCGGAGCAUCUUCACAGAGACGGCAGAAGAGGAGAAGUCCAUGAGAACCUACUUAUGCAGCCUUGCUCAAGCUGCUGCCGACUUCAGGCAAGCUCGGCAGGAGCCCGAAAUCGAGCAGGAGAACAGGCCUUUUGAAGGCCGGGAGCUGGCACCAGAGUUGCAACAGUUGGUUCCAACUUGGGGUAGUCUGGGUCAUCCGGAAGCGUGUCGCCGGCCGUGCAUUUACUUCAUUUCGGGACAUUGUUCCAAUGGACAGAGCUGCGCCUACUGCCAUAUGGCGCAUGUGGAGAAGAUGCCGAAACUCGAUAAGAAGCAGCGUAUGAUGGUGCAGCAGUGCAGCCAAGCUCAGCUUCUGAGUUUGCUAGUUCCGCUGUGCUAUGACAGGGCCGAGCGCUUCGACUUUCUCAAAGAAGCCUCUGAGAUCCUCAAGCUGAUGGAGGAGUCAAGCAGUACGAUGCAACUGCCUGAAUCUUUUCGGUCCCGAGAGUUCCGCAGUUUGCGUAAAGCACUCCGAAAAAUGAACUUUGUCAGCCUGGUUGGUGUGCUGAUCUCACACCAGUCCAAUCGGCCAGGUGUCAAUCUUGCCACUCAGUUGGUGGAGUUAAUGGACAUCCUUCGCCAGCAGCUCACUGUCUAA